UAUGGGCAAGUGAUAUUAUCAUUAUAAUUAUUUGUAAAAGUUGGAUAGGUUUCUUGUUUUUAAUGUAAGUAAAGGUAAUUUUUAAGACCAAAAAAAAUAUAAGUAAAGGCAAAAUCCCCAAUACUGAGCUCAAAUUGUGAAAACGAUGUGGUCCUUGCAGCGUGCGACACCUGUACCGAGAUGUGAAAAGAUGAAAAAUGCUAAUGUUAGUAUUUAAAUGUAUUAGUAUUAGCUUAAUAAAAAAGCAUCCAAUAGUGGAUAACCACUUGGUCACGCAGACUAGUUAUUAUUACAAUAAUAAAAUGACUAAAAAACGCCGGGAACGAAUAAAGUAAAAGCAAGAAAGCGCACCAAACAAAGUAAUGUUAAUAAAUUACGAUGGUUUUAGUAACUUUUUGUCCUAAACUUUUACCCAUUUACUUCAAAAAUUAGUACUAAUACAAUUUGUUUUGAUUAAAUAAUUAAGCACAUCUUGUCCGAGAGGAGCUGGCAACCGACAGAGAUGCUGGUUGUCCACAGAUGGACUGGGGAAACUCACUUUGACGGACACCGGAUCUGUAGGUUGUCAGUUAACAUGGACACGUGUUAAGAUCUUAUAGUAUAUCUCUUUUUGUACACAUCUCAUUUUAUAUCUACAAGACCCAAUAACUUCACUUCUUUCUUGCAGAGAUGCCUAAAUCUGCAACUACACCAAGAGCAUCAUUUACUAAUCCCAUAAUAAUGUAUCACGAAAUACUAUACCAGAAUGUUAUAAGUAAUCUGAUUUUAUCACAUAUGUAUAAACAGAUACAUAUAUACACGCGUCGUACUAUGACAAGACCAAGUGUACAAUUUAAUAACUUCUAAAUUGAAAAAUUAAAAUCCAGGAGAAUUAUUUUUCACAAUAAUGAAAUCAAACUUGUUAUCUAUUGGAAGCUUUUCUAUUCCCGCAAAGAAUUAUUACACAAUGUUAUAAAAUUAUAUGUAGUGGCCUUCAAAUGAAUUUAAAGUUUUUACCAAAAGAAGAAAUAAAUUACGUAAUGCUGUUUCUAAAAAUAAAAGUGCAAUAUACUAGACUACUAGCGAGUCAGGUCUAGGUUAUAUAGAUCACUAUAGGCAUAACAUAAAAUGGCAAAUUUAAUAAAAAGCAUCGAAAUAAUAAUAAUAAUAAAGACGAUUACCGAAUAUUAAGCAUAAAAAUAUCAAAUUUUAUUUGUUUUCUCUCUCCCCUCAUUCAUGAUAAAUCUAGGGUUUCUGAGAGAAGUUCCCAGAAAUCUGUAUCACACACCUUCCUCCCACAAUCUCUCUUCUUCUCUUUAUCUACCUCUACCGAUCGAUAAGAUUAAUAGAUAUAAAUAUACACACAAAUAGAAAAACACAUCAAUCCAACCGCAUACACAUACAAAUCAAGAGGACUAAAUAAGGAUGGUGAGGGGAAAGACUGAGAUGAAGAGGAUAGAGAACGCAACGAGCAGGCAAGUGACCUUCUCCAAGAGAAGAAAUGGACUUUUGAAGAAAGCCUUCGAGUUAUCAGUCCUUUGUGAUGCUGAAGUUGCUUUGAUCAUCUUCUCUCCAAGUUCCAAACUCUAUGAGUUCUCUAGCUCUGGCAUCGCAAAAACAAUAGAACGAUACCAGAGACGAGUCAAAGAAACUGGAGUUAACCACAAGAGAGAUGAUAAUUCUCAGCAAGCAAAAGGCGAGACAUAUGGUUUAACAAAAAAGAUUGAGCAGCUAGAGAUAUCUAAACGCAAAUUGCUUGGAGAAGGUAUUGAUGCAUGUUCUAUUGAGGAGCUGCAACAGUUAGAGAAUCAAUUGGAGCGAGGCUUGACCAGGAUAAGAGCCAAGAAGUACCAACUACUCCGUGAAGAAAUUGAGAAGUUGAAGGAAGAGGAGAGGAAUCUCAUCAAGGAAAAUAAAGAGCUGAAGGAGAAGUUGCAUGGGAUGGGAGCAAUAGUAGUAGCAUCAUCAUCAUCAACCUUAUCAUCAGCAGAAGUGAACAUGGAUGACAAUGGCAACAUGGAAGUGGAGACCGGUUUGUUCAUUGGACCUCCUGAGACAAGACAAUCGAAGAAAAUCCCUCCUCAAAACUAAUCAUCAAGAACGUGUGUUAUUUAUGAACCUUGUUAUAUAUAUUUUCUUCCAAAAGUCUGAGAUGUCAAUAAGUUAAAUACCUAUUACAUUGUGUAUUUAACUGGUUAAGGAGUUAAAAUAAAAAUGUGUAUUUAACUGGUUAA